UGUGCUAAGAAGAUGAAGAAUAUCUUCAAGGAGAGGAUGGACCCAGAGGGGCACUGUUGGAAAACUAUCACGCCUGAAACAAAAGAGUUUUACUGGGAUGAAUUUCAAAAAUACUUUGAUUGGCAAGAGGUGACUCCACUAGUAAAGGAAGCUUGGAGGCGUAAGGCUGCAGAGCGCUAUAAGGCCCUAAUGUGCAAUGUCAGGAAAGGAAAAUCCAAGGUCAUCGUGCCUAAUAGUACAAUGCAAAAAUGGAAGGAGGCAUGGAGUAGCCCAGAGUUUAAAGCCAAGAGCCAUCAAUUCACUGCUAACCGUUGUAGUGAGAUAGGGGGAGUUGGGGCAGGCAUCUCUAGACACACAGGGGGUUCAGUUUCACAUGCUACUCACGCAGAUAGAAUGGUAAUGAUUUCAUAUUUACUAUAGGAUGGUAAUGAUUUCAUAUUUACUAGUUUUGUUAUUGUCUGUCUACAUAUUAGUAGCAAAUAAU